CCAGCCAGCCAGCCAGCCCAUAUAUACCCUGGUCUCAUCAUAUAUACUACCCCACCCAGCCAGCCAGCCCAUAUAUGCCCUGGUCUCAUCAUAUAUACUACCCCAGCCCAUCCAGCCAGCUCAUAUAUACCCUGGUCUCAUCAUAUAUUCUCCCCAGCCCAGCCAGCCCAUAUAUACCCUGGUCUCAUCAUAUAUACUACCCCACCCAGCCAGCCAGCCCAUAUAUGCCCUGGUCUCAUCAUAUAUACUACCCCAGCCCAUCCAGCCAGCCCAUAUAUACCCUGGUCUCAUCAUAUAUUCUCCCCAGCCCAGCCAGCCCAUAUAUACCCUGGUCUCAUCAUAUAUUCUCCCCAGCCGAGCCAGCCCAUAUAUACCCUGGUCUCAUCAUAUAUACUACCCCAGCCCAUCCAGCCAGCCCAUAUAUACCCUGGUCUCAUCAUAUAUUCUCCCCAGCCCAGCCAGCCCAUAUAUACCCUGGUCUCAUCAUAUAUUCUCCCCAGCCCAUCCAGCCAGCCCAUAUAUACCCUGGUCUCAUCAUAUAUUCUCCCCAGCCCAUCCAGCCAGCCCAUAUAUACCCUGGUCUCAUCAUAUAUUCUCCCCAGCCCAGCCAGCCCAUAUAUACCCUGGUCUCAUCAUAUAUUUUCCCCAGCCCUCUCCACAUUUGAGUUCCAGUUGUUUUGUUGUUGAGAACUACAGUCUGAAUCUGUUCCAGUUCUAUCCCACUAUCCCCAUGAUUUUUCCUCCCCAUGUUGUGAUGUUGUGAUUUUUCUAUGUUCAGAAUGUUAUGUCACCUGACCCUCCUCCUCCUCAUCAUCAUCAUCAUCAAAAUAAAUGUAUUAUUAUCUUAUCAUAUCCUUCUGUUUGCUUGAAUCUCCUCCAGGAAUUUCUCCAGGAUUUAUUUGUCCCUCAUCUUGUGAUGUUUUGUGUUCUUCCAUGGAAUGGGUCCUCCUGUCAUCACGACCUUUACCCAUUACCCUGACCUCUGACCCUCCAGGCCAGUGAUUGUGGAGAUCCCCCACUUCGCGGCCCUGCGGGGGACGGAGCGGGAGCUGGUGAUUCUGAGGAGUGAGAUGGGGGAGAGCUGGAGGGAACAUCACUGUGAGCACAGUGAGGAGGAACUCAACCAAAUACUGAACGGCAUGGACGAGGAGCUGGAUUCUCCAGAGGAGCUGGAGAAGAAGAGGAUUUGCCGUAUCAUCACCAGGGACUUCCCGCAAUACUUUGCGGUGGUGUCGCGCAUCAAGCAGGACAGCCAACUGAUUGGUCCUGAGGGAGGGGUGUUGAGCAGUACCCUGGUACCUCAGGUCCAGGCUGUGUUCCCAGAGGGAGCUCUCACUAAGAAGAUCAGGGUUGGAAUACAGGCUCAGCCAAUCGGCGUAGACCUGGUGAAGAGGAUUCUGGGUAACAGGGCUACGUUCAGCCCCAUCGUUACCUUAGAGCCCAGGAGGCGGAAGUUCCACAAGCCAAUCACCAUGACGAUCCCUGUCCCCAAGAGCUCGAGCAACGACGGGACAGCCAACGUGUUUGGAGGGGACACGCCCACUCUGCGUCUGCUCUGCAGUAUCACUGGUGGAACUACUCCUGCCCAAUGGGAGGACAUCACUGGCUCCACCCCCCUCACCUUCAUCAACCAAUGUGUGUCCUUCACCACCAACGUGUCAGCAAGGUUCUGGCUGAUAGACUGUCGUCAGACCCAGGAGGCUGUGAGUUUCUCUACCCAGCUGUACAGAGAGAUCAUCUGUGUCCCCUACAUGGCCAAGUUCGUCAUCUUCGCCAAGACGCUGGACCCCAUCGAGGCCCGCCUCCGCUGCUUCUGCAUGACGGAUGACAAGAUGGACAAGACCCUGGAACAGCAAGAGAACUUCACAGAGGUGGCCCGGAGUAGAGACGUAGAGGUGUUGGAAGGGAAGCCGAUCUUUGCAGACUGUUUUGGGAACCUGGUUCCUCUGACCAAGAGUGGACAGCAUCACGUCUUCAGCUUCUACGCAUUCAAAGAGAACCGCCUCGCACUCUUCAUCAAGAUUCGUGACAGCGCCCAGGAGCCGUGUGGCAGACUGUCCUUCACCAAGGAGCCCCGCACCUACCGUAGUCUUACCCACAAUGCAAUCUGCAACUUGAACAUCACACUGCCCAUCUACUGCAAGGAGUCUGAUUCAGACCUGGACGCAGACGACGAGAGUGACAAGAGUGACAAGAAAUACGACGAGACGGAGUCGACAGACACUUACACGCUGCCGACCAAUCAGGUGCUAGACCCAGCCACGCUAGCCAGCCCUGAUCUUCUAUCAGAGGUCUCCGACGUGAAGAACGACCUCAUCAAGAUUGGGGACAUGGACCAGCACCUAGAAGAGAGACCUGCCAUAACCAGUGGCCCACCACAGGACAGCAUCGUCCAGGAGAGGUUUGAUCAGGUCGAUCUGAAGCGGGAAGGCAAACGCCAUCCUCCUGAGAUCAAAAAGCCGAUCAGGAAGAAGCUGAGGGACAGGGAACGUUCUGGAUGCAGCAGCUCCGAGGGAGAGCUGGAGAGGAUGAGCUCUGAGGAAUCCCUUGAUGGGGAUAUUGACAGGGUGAGAGCUCUGCAAAAGAAGGUUGAGGAAGAGGAAGAGGGGGAGGAUGGCCGUAAGCGAAAGCCUGCGCAGGCUCCAGUCCCUCAGACCACAACUUUCAUCACCAUCACUAAGGAGACGGGUGAGUCCCAGAUGCCAGAUCUUCCCAAGCUUCCCAGAUCUCCAAAAUCCCCCCGGUCUCAGACGGAGAGGCUGGAGGAGACGAUGUCAGUCCGGGAGCUGAUGAAGGCAUUCCAGACUGGCCAGGAUCCUUCCAAAAACAAAAUGGGGCUCUUCGAGCACAAAGCCAUGACUUCAUCCACAACCUCCACAUCGGGCUCCGAGGCAGUGAUCUACAGUGAGACCUACAGAGCUGAACCCAGUCCCACAGAGCAUCCGCCAUCAGAAACUCCAACUUCCACAAUCCUCUACCCGCAGAGUGAUGUCCUGCCCCUCGACAAUAAAGGGGCGGAUGAUGAACCACACCUGAUCUUAGUAAGGGACCACUCUGAAGACUCUGAGAUAACUCAUGUUACGGUUCAGUUGCAGGAGUCAGCGACUAACAUCAACAGAAUACAAGCAGAGGACAGAGGGAUCCCUCUAGACAGGGCUCUACCAGAAGAUGGAAGGAUCCUCCUAUAUAGGGCUCAACCAGAGGAUGGAGGGAUCCUCUUAGAGAGGACUCUACCAGAGGAUGGAGGGAUCCUCCUAGACAGGGCUCUACCAGAGGAUGGAGGGAUCCUCCUAGACAGGGCUCUACCAGAGGAUGGAGGGAUCCUCCUAUCCAGGGCUCUACCAGAGGACGGAGGGAUCCUCCUAUCCAUGGCUCAACCAGAGUAUGGAGGGAUCCUCUUAGACAGGGCUCUACCAGAGGACGGAGGGAUCCUCUUAGACAGGGCUCUACCAGAGGACGGAGGAAUCCUCCUAUCCAGGGCUCUACCAGAGGACGGAGGGAUCCUCUUAGACAGGGCUCUACCAGAGGAUGGAGGGAUCCUCCUAUCCAGGGCUCUACCAGAGGAUGGAGGGAUCCUCUUAGACAGGGCUCUACAAGAGGAUGGAGGGAUCCUCCUAGACAAGGCUCUACCAGAGGACGGAAGGAUCCUCCUAUCCAGGGCUCUACCAGAGGACGGAGGGAUCCUCCUAGACAGGGCUCUACCAGAGGACGGAGGUAUCCCUCAAGACAGGGCUCUACCAGAGGACGGAGGGAUCCUCCUAUCCAGGGCUCUACCAGAGGACGGAGGGAUCCUCCUAUCCAGGGCUCUACCAGAGGACGGAGGGAUCCUCCUAGACAGGGCUCUACCAGAGGACGGAGGGAUCCUCCUAUCCAGGGCUCUACCAGAGGACGGAGGUAUCCUCCUAAACAGGGCUCUACCAGAGGACGGAGGUAUCCCUCAAGACAGGGCUCUACCAGAGGACGGAGGGAUCCUCCUAUCCAGGGCUCUACCAGAGGACGGAGGGAUCCUCCUAGACAGGGCUCUACCAGAGGAUGGAGGGAUCCUCCUAUCCAGGGGUCUACCAGAGGACGGAGGGAUCUUCCUAUCCAGGGCUCUACCAGAGGAUGGAGGGAUCUUCCUAUCCAGGGCUCUACCAGAGGAUGGAGGGAUCCUCCUAGAUAGGGCUCUACCAGAGGAUGGAGGGAGCAGCCCAGAGAUGAUGCAGCUGGAGGAACCAGAGAUGGGACCAGACAGGAGGCCUUCUAUAGAGAUUAUGCAGCUGGAGGAAUCAGAGAUGGGAUCAGACAGGAGGCCUUCUAUAGAGAUGAUGCAGCUGGAGGAACCAGAGAUGGGACCAGACCGGAGGCCUUCUAUAGAGAUUAUGCAGCUGGAGGAAUCAGAGAUGGGACCAGACAGGAGGCCUUCUAUAGAGAUGAUGCAGCUGGAGGAACCAGAGAUGGGACCAGACCGAAGGCCUUCUAUAGAGAUGCAGAUCAGCCCGGACAGGAAACCCUCGGAGGACUUCAGCGCUGACAUCAAGGCCGAGCUGGAGGACAGUCCAGAGUACCAGCUGUUCAGACAGACCUCGUCCACUGGGGACGACAACCACCCCCAGGCUGAAGCAUCCAAGGAGGAACUCCCAGCAGACCGCCCCAACGACAAUCCAACCUUCAUGUUCAGCCACUCUAUGAACGACGACGGGCGGUAUGAGUUAUUUACUAAGGCUGAGAACCUGGUGGGGGAUGAAAGCCCUGUGAGUCUGAUGCACGAAGGAGCAGCGGACUCUCCCGGGACUAGCGUAGGAACCAGGACUACCCAUUCAAGUACGGGGGAGAGUGAGAAACACGAAGAAUUAGCAGACACCCCACAGAUGAGCCCUCUAACAUUCCCCACUCAGGAGGUAGACAUGCCCACAGCUGAUAAAGAGACAGAAAUAAUGGAUGGGAGGAAGGUACUAGGAGAUGUGAUUCAUGGUGAUGAAGAAAUCUUUCCAGAAACUGAUGCUUUAGUCGUAGAAACCAAGGCAGUGACUCCGUCCCCUGUUCAGGAACCGCUGUUACAAGAAGUAAUGAUCCAACGGAAGACCCCCCCCAGACCAGUUACAGUGGUGAGAGAUAUGUCAGGGAUGGAGUCACUCCUCAGUGGAGAUAUUGAUCACUACCUAGAACAGAGACCAUCGCCUGUCCGUAGCGCUGAAGUGAUGACAGUUCAGGAACCGAUGUUACAAGAAGUCAUGAUCGAAAGGAAGACAUCCCCUAGACCGGUUACAGUGGUCAGAGAUAUGUCAGGGAUGGAGUCACUCCUCAGUGGAGUGGUCAGAGAUAUGUCAGGGAUGGAGUCACUCCUCAGUGGAGGUAUUGAUCACUACCUAGAACAGAGACCAUCACCUAUCCGUAGCGCUGAAGUGAUGACAGUUCAGGAACCGAUGUUACAAGAAGUCAUGAUCGAAAGGAAGACAUCCCCCAGACCGGUUACAGUGGUCAGAGAUAUGUCAGGGAUGGAGUCACUCCUCAGUGGAGAUAUUGAUCACUACCUAGAAGAGAUAUCUAUGGUAAUCAGUGGUUCACCACAGGAUGACAUCGUCCAACAACAGAAUUUCAAACAGGUCAUCCUGACCAGGGAUGACAAGCAACAAUCACUAAUGUUCUCCACUAAGGAGGUAGACAUGUCUACAGAAGAUACAGAGGCAGAAACAGAAGACUGGUGGAAAGUGGAAGACAUGGAUGAUGGUGGCGCUCGUGGUGCCGAAGCGAUAAUCUUGAACCCAGUUCAGGAACCGAUGUUACAAGAAGUCUUGAUCGAAAGGAAGACAUCCCCCAGACCAGUCGUAGGAGUUAGAGAUAUGUCAGGCAUGGAGUCACUCCUCAGUGGAGAUUUAGAACAGUACCUAGAGAGACCUGUAGAUCUCAGUGGUGCGCCGGAGGACGACGUCGUACAAGAGAGAUUUGAACAGGUUGUGAUUACACGGGAGAGGAAAAGGGAAGCACACACGUUCUCUACUGAGCAGGUAGACCGGUCCGCAGUACAUGAAGUGACAGAACAAGAUGUGGUGAAUGUAGUGCAAGCAGGAGCCAUGGAGGAUGAUGCCGUCUAUGGUGAUAAAGACUUAAUGCGUAGUUGUUCAGCUGGGGAAGCAUCAGAAAGUUCAGCUACUACAGUGACACGUUCAAGAGACUCAAAGAAGGUGACCUUUGACCUUCAAAGGGCGUUUGAUUCAGUGCUCCCCACUCAAGCCUCCGAAGAGGACGACCGGGUCCCUGUUGGGACAAGAUCCAUCUUAGAGGACUGGGAUUCCUUAGAGAUAAAACCAUCGUACCACAAAACUACAGAAGUGUCAUACUCAAACCUAAACAUGCAAGACCCGAUUUCAGCAGACAGAAUUACUCCUGAAUCUAGUUGGGUCGCACCAGAGCUCCAUGAAAGGAGUUCAGCUGAUCAGGAAGUGGUGCACAGCACAGACAGUUUUGGUCAAGCCCUCAGACCUGCAGACUUAGAUGUCAUCUAUCCUUUGGGCCUGGGACACCCAGAGAGACGACUUUCCCAUGAGGAUUCUCUGGAGAGCAGUCCUGUCAUGGAGGAAGGUUCCUCCAGGAAGUCCCCUGACUCUAUAGAGCCAAGCCCAACCGGGGACUCCCCCUGCCCUGACUCACUGGAGAGCAGCCCCUCUGAACCGAAACGAGACACAGGCUUUCAGGCGACAAUGAAGACAGCUGUGUAUGAAGACUACUACUCUCAGCUUAGAGCCUGUCUUGGUGAGGAGCACGUUAGCAACAUGGAGAAUGAGGAUUACUCCAAACGGACCUAUCAAAUGGAAGGUGAGCGUGAGGGUCCCUUCCCAUUGAAGAGGGAUGAGGAGGUGAGUUUUGACCCCAAAAAGCCAGACCCUGAGUGCCUCUCCAUGCCCUUAAAUGUGAGCUCACACCCUGAGGAUGAUGUGGAAGACGUGGAUGCAGAGGGCAGCGAGACCGGCCAGAGACAGUUCACCCCAGAGGAGGAAAUGUUCAAAAUGGCCACCAAGAUCAAAACCUUUGAGGAGAUGGAGCAGGACUCCAAAAUGAAGACAGACAGGAAACACUUAGAAGGCUCUGUGUUAUCAGACCCUGAGGAUUAUGAAGAAUGUCAGUCGAUCGUUGACCUGAUGGGAAGGGAGGCGAAAUCAACUAAGCCCAAAACCGACGCCGAUUCGCUUCAGUCUGAAAUUGAAACUGUGGCUGAAAUCCAACCCUCAGCCCCUGGUGCAGUAACUGAGUUGGAUAGUUCAGUUCACUGUGAAGCUCACCUACCAUACAGUGCCUCAGGACACUCACCAUCAGGAAGACAGGUCUCUGAGCACCUCGACUAUCGUUCACUAAGCACUGAAAAAGAACAAUAUACCACAGAGAAUAUCAGUGAGAAUAUCAGUGAACAUACUGAGCAGGAAGAUGAGAUAGAUGUAAUGUCAGCUGUUCAAGCACCCGAGGAGGAGACGGGUCAGUCAGUCAAACCAGAGGUGUUAUGCACUGACGAUGAAAGCUUAAAGGAGGCGGAGGAGGAUGUGGAUGGUAAGGCAGCCAUGUUGGACAUGCAUCAUGAAGACAUGCCUGUUCAGGGAGAGCUGGUCCCAUGUAGUGCCAUGCCAGACGACAACGACGACGAUGACGAUGAAGCCUUCGACGCGCGUGUGGAGGCGGAGGAACAAAGGAUUAUGGGUCUCGUGGAAGACUGCCCUACCCCUGACACCACACCGGGUCGCACACCAAGCGAGGGGGGCACCCCCAACCCCUUCCAGUUCCAGGAAGGGAAGUUCUUUGAGAUGACCAGAGGGGGCGCAAUCGACAUGACAAGGAGGAGCUUUGAAGAGGAGGGCGAGGGCUAUGCCUUCUUCCACAUAGGAGAACACCCAGUUGACCAGGUCCUGUUCGAGGACGCUGGAGAUUACGCUGGCCCCGAUGUUCUCAUAACAGAACAGGGUAUUGCCGUUGCUGAUCUACACCUCCAGGAGGAUGAGGAUCAAACCAAAGAUGAUUCUGACUCCUCCUUCCAGACUAUACCAUUAGCCGAGGCUGGUCAGAGGGGGAAACCAGUGGCCAAACCCAGGACCUUCAACAAAAUGGAGCCAAAAGCUGAAACAGUCCCCCUGCUGGAAGCUAAGAUGGAAAGCUCCUUAGAGGUCCAGAUAGGUUCUCUAGACCCGACUAUAGCUGACCUCCAGAUGUCCACCACCACUACUACUGUCACCCGCUGUGUGUACUCUGAGCAGGUCCGCCAGUCAUCCGACUCAUCCCUUGAGGAUGAAGAAGUGGAAGAGGAACAGUGCUCUGUCAUUGAGAUGCCCGCUGCGUAUUAUGACUCAGUGGCGCCCCCUAGUGUCCUGGCAGGGUCUGACACCUCAGCUGCGGCUGACACCUCAGUGGUGCCCCCUAGUGUCCUGGCAGGGUCUGACACCUCUAAUGUCCUGGAAGGGUCUGACAUCUCAGUGGCACCCCCUAGUGUCCUGGCAGGGAUUUACACCUCAGCAGACGCUGUGGCUAAGGAUGAAAGCAGUUUCAAAUCAAAGAUACCCGUCAAAGCUGGCUCAGUGAAAUCAGACCUGGGGCUUGAGCAGAAAUCGACAGUGGAGAAAUCUCUUGAUCAUGACCGGAGGACGAGGUCCGAGGAGGAUUUUGGAGCCGGGAAGAAAAUCUUAACUGACAAAGACAACAGGAGUCACUCCGACAGCGACCAUCCUACAACUAAAUCCAAACCUCUCACCUCCAGACUCCCUGUCAUGGGCAAACACAAACCCACAGCCCGCUCCUCCUCCUCCUCUUCCCAGCCCGACAGAGACCAGGGCUCUGACAUACGAGAGCUUUCCCUCCGAUCAUCUCUGGACGUCGACGACAUCAGUAGCAGCGGUGAUCACAACAGUCCAGAUUCUGUUAUCUUCAAGUAUGACAGCCCAACGCCUCGCAGUUCUGCCCCAGACACGAGGGCUUUGCCGACUCAGACACGGAUUCGACCUUCCUCGGUGACGGGGGAGGUGUUUGAGUCGAGACCCAUCUGGGAAGACUCAGUGGAGACUCAGAUGCAGCGAAUCUCGGGUGAUCGGACCCCGGAGCGGCAGCAAGUGGAUUGGCACGACGAUGCAGACAGGAAAGAGGAGACGUUGGCCAUCAUUGCAGACCUGCUGGGUUUCAGCUGGACAGAGCUGGCGAGGGAGCUGGAGUUCAACGAGGACGAGAUCCAGGGGGUGAGGACAGAGAAGCCUAACUCCCUGCAGGAGCAGAGCCAGGCCCUGCUGCAACGCUGGGCUGAGAGAGAGGGAAAACAUGCCACCGAGGACAGCCUGAUAAAGAGGCUGACGAAGAUCAACCGGAUGGACAUCGUCCACCUGAUAGAGACCCAGAUGAACAAGUCAGCACAGGAGCAGACCUCCAGGACCUACGCAGAGAUAGAGAAAACUCUGGACCAAAGUGAAGUGUCUGUAGCCCUGUCCUCAGUGCAGGAGGAUGUAGAUAGCCCCAGACUGGUGAGGAGGGUGGACUCUUCCCCCAGACCGCCCCCAGCCGUCUCAGAGGAGGACCUAUCAGUAGCCUCCCUCCUGGACAUUCCUUCCUGGGCGGAGCCUGUGGGCCACACCCACUCAGAGAGCAUGCACGGGCUAUUGGAGGACCUGGAGAUCACAACGGAGCCGAGCGCCAACCCGUGGACUUCGGAGGACUUCGCCAUAACAAGGGAGUCCGCCGCCACCGAGCAAGUUUCAGCAGGAUCCUCCAUGGAGAAUCUUUCAGAACCCAAACAUGUAUCAGAGCUGGACCAACCGUAUACUAAUAGACCUAUCUCAAACAAAACACUCAUGUCCGAAACCCAAUCUGGGACACAAGAUCUCCAGAUUCCGAAUGCCUUUGAAUUCAGUCCGUUAUCCCCUGAAAUGACAAUGCCCACUGAGAAGAUGAGGGUAUUGCCAGAAAGUGCAGAAAAACCAUUGAAACUGAACAAGGAGUCCUCUUCUUCUGAAACUAGUCCAGUGUCACCAGACAUUCUCAGCCACACCUCAGAAGACAGCCAAGGUGACGAAGCAGGAUCGUCAGCGAGCAAUCCACGAGCACCCCCGGAGUCAGGGGCACACGCCCAGCUUGAUCAGCUGCUGUCGGAAUUGGAAGACAUCAAACCGGAACUCCGACCAGAAACUCCGGAACCACUGGACUCACCUCUUUCGAAAUCCAGCAAAGGGGGUCCUGUAGAUCGACAACCUUAUGUUGAGUUUGAGGAACUCUUGCCUGAAUCAGACGGAAAUCCCACUGAGGGUGAGGAAGAGAUCUCAUCCCCUGUUCAGAUCACAGGAGAGCCAGCUGAAAUAAGUGCAGCGGCCUCGGUGCUGACCCAUCGCUCCCUGUCCCAUGAAACUGAUCCAGAGGUAUUUGGAGUGACCGUAGAUCUAGUCAAGACCUUCCCAGAGCCUGACCAAGUUACAGCUGAUCCGGUUCAGUUGAGCCACUUGGAGUCCCUGCAAACACACAGAGCAGAAGAAUCGGACCUCACUGGUUCCAUGCCUCUGGUUAGCCCCGCUGCCGCUAUCGAAUCCGUCGGAACAUCGGAAUCUCCAGAACCAUGCCAUAAAGUUCUAGAACUGUCAUCAGAAUCAAUCGUUCCAACUCAAGAGUUCCGAUCACCGGAACCAUGCCAUAAAGUUCUAGAACUGUCAUCAGAAUCAAUCGUUCCAACUCAAGAGUUCCGAUCACUGGAACAUGAUGAAGCUGCAUAUGACAGCAGAUCAUCAGUUGUUUUUACCAAACCUUCAACUGUAGAAGAACAUCAAAUCAGUCCCCCACAGCAGGACCAGGAGACAGUUGAUGAAGAAUAUUCAAACCUCAAGCAGGUGUCUGACAAACAGAAAACCUUUGAGGAAAGUCAAAUUCAUGAAUCAGUUGAUGAAGAAUAUGCCAACUUCAAAGAAACAUCAAGCAUUCAAGCUGCAGUCGAAAAGGCAUCCAUUGAACAAAGCAACGUAUUGUGCGAAUCUGGAGGAUUAACCACUGAGCCAAGCCAAUUGGUAGAUGAACCAUGCAUGAGCAAUACCCCAGAAGUUGUGUCACAUUUAAGGGAUCGCACUCCUCCUGAAACCCUUGAAUACGAUGAGCGGUCGCCCCAGUCGCUCUCUGACGUGACCCCACAGACUCCAGAGACUGUCACCGCCUCUGCGCACUUCAGCUUCGACGAGUUGAGCCCCUACCAGAGUCCUAGGUACCUCAACAUGCUCUCUGAAGACCUCGAGACAAAUACAAGUGAGCAACCAUCAGAGGAUCCAGUCACCCCUGUAGAGGAAGAGUCCAGUCCUCCAGUCACCCCUGUUGAGGUAAAGUCCCCUGUCUCCCAGCCCGGUCCAGUAGGACCCAGGGCAGAGAUGGUGUCAGCCCAACCUGGUCCAGUAGAACCCAGGGCAGAGAUGGUGUCAGCCCAACCUGGUCCAGUAGAACCCAGGGCAGAGAUGGUGUCAGCCCAACCUGGUCCAGUAGAACCCAGGGCAGAGAUGGUGUCAGCCCAACCCGGUCCAGAGGUUGCAGCAUCAGCCCACGAUGAAGAAAUCUUCAUGGAGUUCAUCCUCCCUCCUAAGUAUACUGAGACAUCCUCCUCCUCUAGCCACAAACCCAAGCCUCCAACCUACACAGAAGUAAUUAGAGGCAGCACCACCAUGCACUUAUACGAAGACUCUGACCCGGAGACUUACUUUGACUGCAAACAGGGCGUCUCAGACUUCUCAGAGACGGAACCUGACGAACUGAAGAAGGGGGAAAGGUCAGGGGUCGGCCGAACCCGAGGACAAGCGUCCCAUUCAGGAGCCCCAGGGAGAAAGUACCAGAAGCCGACGGCGCUUCCGGGAUGCUCCGAUGACAUUAAGGAAGAGAGUGAAGAGCUGGCUCACUCUCCUGUCUCAGCCUUUUACCAGGCUCCUCAGGAGCUUCCUCCUCGCAGAGCAGCAGAUGAUGAUGACUCCCUGGACAGGGCGGAUGAGAUGACUGACAUCCCCCCUCAGACUGUGACAGAGGAGCAGUACACAGAUGAACAUGGACACACAGUGUUCAGAAAGGUGAUGCUUUCUGAGCGUGAGUCUGACCCAGUGUGGGGGGAGGAGUCAGCUGAAGGUCGCGAAGUCAGCCGUGUGGAGCGGAACACGGCGGUGGAGGGGCAGUGGACCGAGACGCACCACAGUGACCCCGCCCUGACCUCUGAUCUCCCCACGGCCCGGGACGACUUCACACAGGGCCAAGAUGUGUAAGGGGCGUACCCAGAGACGGACAGUAGAGGGGGGGGAGCCUCCUGGAGCGACUAGACGACCUCUCUGAUGGGUCACGACUCCACAACCUCCAGCAGCACCUUCAUCACCUCAUCCACCUCUACUGUGAGGAGGAGGAGGAGGAGGAGGGGGAGAAGGGAAGGAGGAGGAGAGGGGAGAAAAGGCAUAACAGGCCUCCUUCAUCGCCUCGCUAGCUUCCUGUCCGCCCUCUGACCACGCCCCUUUCCCUGAAGAUCCACCAAUCCUAUGCAUCAGGCACAUGCAAUCCCAGAGUGCACCAGUGCACCUCAGUCCUGCCACCGUCUUCCUGUUUCAACAAUCACUACUGUUUGGUCUCAGCUGCUCGGCUGGUUAUUGCUUUCUUUCUUUCUUUUUCUUUUUUUCUUUCUGUGUUUUUCUUUUGCCUUUUUGUUGUGACCAAAGAGAGUUUGUGGUUGAUGAAUUCAGUUUUUCCCAUGUUUGUUCUGUAUGUAUUGGAUAUUGAUGCUGUGGUAGAACACAGACAGACAUUAGUCAUGUAUGUGUUGUACUGCUAGGGUAGGUGGUUGGACUAACAGACGCUAUGAUAUUCACCUCACAGCACUACCUAUCACUUAUUCUUACUACUACAUGAAAACUAGAUCACUUCCUCUUCCUCAUAUUGACCUUUCUUUAAAAAAGGUCAGAUAUCACGAUGUCACCUGUAGCACCCCUGAACCCCAAUCCCUGCUUCCUGCUUCCUGCUGCUAGAGUGUUUAGUGUUCGUGUUCUACCUGUCUUCAGAAAGUAGCUAUAUCUAAAUAUGUGGUUUAAAAAAACUAUUGUCAUCCGUAACCUAGGCAACCUUAUUAGUCCCCUCUGUUACCGGCUAGAGUAGUCAUGAUUGGUCUGUUAGCUGGUGACGAUCAUAGCUGAGAUAGUGGUAAUGAUAUCUAGCCUUGAUCCUUUUCUCUCUCUCUCUCUCUCUCUCUCUCUCUCUCUCUCUCUCUCUCUCUCUCUCUCUCUCUCUCUCUC